GACGCCCGUCUCGAUAUUUUGUCCUCAAGCGGUUAACCGAAUUGCAAAAUUUCCAACGGGGCGGUGACAGCAAACCGAAAGGCAGGGAUGCAUCUUAAUAGAGCGCCCCUCACAGCCGAGGUCGGCCGGCACAGUCGAGACGGGGCACUUGAGCGGGCUACACAGCGAGCAGGAAGGCGGUCCGAGGACGCACGGCGCAGACAGAAAGCGGCGAUGGGCUCUGCAGACAUGGAAAUGGACAAUCCCAUGAACGGCGACAGAGCAGGUUCCUGUUCCGAGCGUUGGAAUAGAAGAGGAAACCGACCCAUGAAUUUCAAUAAUUAUGCCAACAAGAAGAGUGCAGCAGAAAGUAUGCUGGAUGUCGCACUACUAAUGGCAAAUGCGUCUCAGCUCAAAGCGGUGGUAGAUCAGGGAUCCAGCUUCAGUUAUUAUCUGCCUCUCAUCAUUCUCAUUGGAAUUUCACUCGUAUUUCAAGUUGUGGUGGGCAUCUUACUAAUAUUCAUUGUGAAAUACGAUCUGAAUGACCCCAGGAAGCAACCCACGCUGGACAUCCUGAACAACAUUACCACAGGCCUGGUGUUUGUAAUCGUUAUUGUGAACAUUUUCAUUACAGCAUUUGGAGUGCAGAGACCUAAUCACCCAGGAGAUUAGUAAUCUGUUUAGCAACUGCAAACUGAUGAUGAAACACCAGGAAUGACAAAAGGAAAUGGACAUCGCAGGCAUCCUGGGCAGUGUCAAACUACGAAGAAAGAGCCUUUUCACAAAAUCACUCCGAGCACCAAGCUUGGGGUAAAAUAAAUAUAUCUGUUUGUUAAAAAUUCUUAAUAAUUACUUUUAAAAGUACAGAAACUUAUUUAGUUUGAUAAAAUGCAGCUCUAUCAUUUCUAUUGGUCAAUUUGAAGAAUAACCUUGGCUGGAAAAGCUGGCAAGUGUAAGUUAAGCAAAAAUAUUCUUUUUAUAAUUUAUGAUCAGAAGAUCUGCACCUUAUAAAAUAAAUGUUAUUUUAAGUGUUCAAGGUUAAGAAAUUGGUAAUAAAUUAAAUUACUCAUAAGAAAAUAUCAAGAGUGGUCCACUCAGCCCCUGAACCUCUAUUGCCAUUCAGUAAGAUCAAGCCUAAUCUGCAAACACCACCCCCCUCCCCCCACACACACUUCAGUGUUGGUUCCACAUAGCCCUCAAUUCUUUGAUCCUUAAUUGUGCCUACCCAAUAUUUUGGUGCAGAGGAUUCCUGAGAGCACCAUUCUUUGAGAGGAGAAAUUCCAGUGGACUUUAAAUAUCUUCUGCCUUAUCUUGUGGCUCUGCCUUCUCAUUUGAGUAUCUCCUUCUAGCAGCAGACUCUGCUUGGCAGUCCCUUUAGGGCCUUACAUGUUUCAGUAGGCUGAUCCUUCAUUCUUCUGAACUCCAGGUUUGAGGCAGGACAGCCCUCUUGUCACAUAAGUGAAUCUCUGCUGGACCAUCUCCAGUGGUAAUAUAUCACUUCUCAAAUAAGGGACCAGAACUGUACACAAAAUUCCAGGUGGAGCUUCACCAACAUUGAGAGCCGUUGAUCGUGUGGAUAGUCAGAGGUCAUAGGUAAACCUAGUCAUAUCCAAGGUAGGGACAUGUUCGGCAGAACUUUAUGGGCCAAAGCGUCUGUAUUGUGCUGUAGGUUUUGUAUGUUUCUAACACACUGAACAUUGGUAUUUCUCUCUGAUUAAAUUCCAACCCCCAACAAUAAAGGACAAGUUUGCCAUUUAGUAACAUGCUGUUAACUUUCUGUAUCUCAUGCACAAGCACACAAUUGCAGUCUCUCCCUACUUAAGUAAUAGUCUGGUUUAUGAUUCCUUUUAUUGAUGUGGGUGACUUCACAUUUUCCUACCAUAACCUCCAUUUUUACCACUCACUUAACCCUGUUGCAGAGAGAAAAUAUCCUCAUUGCAGAUAUGCCCUCUUACUUACUUAAGUGUCAUCAGCAACCAUCAACCUUUGAUAGUUUACACUCUGCUCCCUCCUGUACGCCAUUAAUAAAUCAUGCAGUCUUUAAUGAUACUGUCAUCCUCUGAUUUAAAUCUCUUGGGCUAAUCAAAAGAGACCGGGCAGAAAUGCUGACAUCUAAUAUCCUCACAUGUUGUUCUUUGGCAUAGACUGUGGUUGUGAGCUGGAGAUUGCCACUUUCAUGCACUCUUCACUAACAGCUCCAAAUUCCUGCGUUGCUGUAGGCUCCCCUCUAUCCACUCAGGUGGUCCUCACCCCACCCCAAGACUCUCACUCCCCUCCAACCGGACCUGUGUCCCCAACCCCAUCUUUCAGACUCCCUCAGUUUAGUUUGUAGAUGAUAUCACCCUAAUGGGCUGUUUUGCAAGUAACAAUGAGUUGGAGUACAGGAAGGAAAUAGACAGCUAGUAACAUGAGGUCAUGACAAGAACCUUUUCCUCAGAACAAAGCAGCUGGUCAUUGAUUUCAGUAAAGGGGGGGGGGAGGAGUACACAUGUUCCUGUCUGCACCAGUGGUGCUGAAGUUGAGAUGGUUGAGAGGGUUAAGUUCCUAGGAGUGAACAUCGCCAGUAGCCUGUCUCUGUCUAACCAUGUAGGCACCAUUGGCAAGAAAGCUCACCCAUUGUGUUCAAUUCUGGUCACCUCAUUAUAGGAAGGAUGUGGAAGCUAUGGACGGGUGCAGAGGAGAUUUACCAGGAUGUUGCCUGGUUUGGAGAACAAGUCAUAUGAAGCAAGGUUAGCAGAGCUGGGACUUUUCUCUUUGGAGCUUGGAAGAAUGAGAGGGGACUUGAUAGAGGUCUACAAUAUUAUGAGAGGCAUAGAUAGGGUGGAUAGUCAGUACCAAUACCCAGUCAGUACCAAUACCCAGGGCACCAAUAGCAAACACCAGAGGGCAUAUGUACAAAAUUAAGGGAGGGAAGUUUAGGGGAGACAUCAGGGGUAAGUUUUUUACACAGAGGGUUGUGAGUGCCUGGAAUGACUUGCCAGGGAUGGUGGUGGAGGCUAAAACAUUAGGGGUAUUUAAGAGCCUCUUGGACAGGCACAUGGAUGAAAGAAAAAUGGAGGGUUAUGGGGUAGUGUGGGUUUAGUACUUUUUUUAAGGAUUAUAUGGGUUGGCUCAACAUGGAGGGCUGAAGGGCCUGUACUGUGCUGUAAUGUUCUGUGGUUCAAUGCCUCUACUUCCUCAGGAGACAUUUUCUCUCCACUUCCCAGUUUUGGUUCUAUUCAUUUUGAAGGUGAAGUACAAAUGACAUGACACAAGUGAUGUAAGAUGAACUUCUGUCUCUCAGAAUUUGUGAUAGCUGGCAAUAAAUUAUGAAUAAACUAAAAACAAUUGAACAAAAUAGUUUGCUCACUUUGGCAGACGAAGUACUUAAAUAUGUUUAAAAUUUUACAUUUUAGAAAUAUGCAUAAACUGCAGUAAAUUUCAGUAAUGUUUAUACAUUAAAGAUAGUAUUCGCAUUAUGACUUCUAUUUGGCCGUUUCAAUUUUUCUUAAUGUUUCUUGUGAUACCACACAUCCCUUAGCCUCAUUGCCGAAAAAUCCUGAAUUCCUUAGUUCCAUGAGAAUUCAAAGCAGAUUAAUCCACUCAGGGUUAACUUCACCUUGUCAUUAAGAGCAUGUGUGUUCUAAAACUAUGUACAUACAUCUACCGAUGCCUCUGGACACAUCUUCAGUGAUGUUCCUGGAAGCAUCGGGUGUUUCAGGUCUUUGAACGUCAUACACCCUCCGCCAGGUAACCCAGCCAGUCUAUUAGAAUGGCGCACUCUCCCAGCUUCUGCUCUCUUUCAGGAUCGUUGUAUAUCUUCCUCAGAUGUUGGUCUAUAUUUAACAGCUGCAUAUCUUGCAUUAUCUAGUUCUGUUACUGGCCCAACUCAAUUGCCUUCAGCAUGUGCAGAACUAUCAUCCACCUAAAUGUAUGAAAAGAUGCCGAAAUAGGUACACUUAGAAAUCUGAAAAAUCCAGAUAGAUGUUCUCAAUCUAAAAAGUUGCCUGAUUGGGCAAGAACAGAACAAAUAAAGAGAUAUGUUGUAAUUGUCAGCUGUGACUUACCUCAAAAUGAAGAUCACAGUGGCUUCAUUUACCGAUUACGAUUACGAAAUGUGCAGUUUUGAACAUAGAGCUGAUUUAUAUACUGCUGCCUUUCAUUUCAGAUUUUAUUGUUGUAUGUGUAAAACUGAACAAUGGAUUUCAAAUCAAUUUACAGUAUUUCAGCUUGAUAUUUUAUAUCACUAUGUACUAUUUAUGUUGUUCAUAUGCCCAGUGUAUGCUCAGACAACUUUACUGUUUAUAAACAAUUUUUAGAUGUAUUUCUUUUUGGAUAAUUAUAUGUAAAUGCUUUAAUAUUUUCCUUUAAGUAAAAAAAAACUGGAUUUACAAAACAACAUGUUUUAAGAUAUUGACUACUGCAGAAUUGGAUAGCACUAUAGAGGGACUAUGCAUUGGAGAAAGAUUGAUGAACACGUUCCUGCUACAGUACUGAUCUGAGAGCUAAUUUCAUAGGAUAGGCAUGUGGCCCUUAAAGAGUAUUUCACAAGCUGAAGAGGGUAUUUUAUCAGAUUUCUUAAACUACAUUUCCUACAAUUAUAUUUGGCACUUGCAGAUUCCACUCUUCCACUUACCAGACCAGAAAAUGGGAAAUGUCAGCACAUAAUUUCACUUCUAGCAAGUAAAGUGCAACCACACAGACACUUUUGGCCUUCCAAGAUUGGAUGUGUGCACUGUCACUGUGUGUCUGAAACAGGCUGUUAAACAAAUCAAAUCGAUUUGUUCAGAUAAGGCGCCACAAAUUUCUUGUAUGUCGCAGUCAUAAUCAAUUAAUACUGCAAGUGUUUGAAUGUAGGGUAUUUCUAAGCAGAAACAAGAAAUACACUUUUAUAUAAAGUCAUUUUGAAAUUCCUCGGGCAAUAAUGAACUGGCUGUUUCAAUUGUACUCCACCUCAUUUUCUUAUUUGUUGAAGUCAAUUGAAAACAAGUUUGAGAAAGGGCUAUCAGACUUAACGAUACCAGAGCAUGGAUAUUUGUACUACUGCCUAAUUCAUAAUUCCAGUGACCUUCUCCUGCAUUCCAUUCAAUUUUGUCACAUGCCACAGUUCCAGUCAGAUGCAUUCGUAUCCUGCAGACGUUGCUUCCACAGGAUAGGAUGUUGAGUUAUGGUUGCAUUUUUAAACUAUCGAGCUUAACUUUUCAAGGAAUAAUAAAGAUGAAGCUUGAAAAUCAUAAGUAUUAAAAUGGCAUUGUAGAUCCAAUAUCAAUCUACACCAGAUAUAUAUACUCAAAUUCCCUUGGUGAAGAAAUUUAUCUCUCGUGAUCAAAACUGGAUAUCAUUAUUUGGUUUCCAUACAUUCGAUUCUGUUCACUUCGUUGACCUGAACUGGAAUUUAGUUUGUGGGAAUAAGUACAACAAGUAAAUUAAAUUCUUCUACUUGUUCAGCACUAGUGACCAAAGGCAAAUUUUGCCCCUUGUUUCAAGUUCAACUCCACCUGACUGUACAGAUGUAUUUGUUUUUAAAUAUUGCACUUCAUUAUUAACAUAUGUUCUUUAAUAAAAAUGCAUUUCUUAUUGUAUCUCUGGC